UUAUCCCAACCAUACGUUUCUGCCAACUGGCACAUUUACAGAACUUCCAAUGCCCUUCAAAAUAAUGGUGUAAUCCUAUCAAAAUAAGAAGACGCGCAAUUUCAAGAGUAUAUUAAGAAGAAUGGGGUUUUAUAUUUAGUUGGGUGAUAAAUGAAAACGCGGCAAGAUGGUGUUCGGGAAGUGUUUUGUGUUUUUGUAUUUAUUGUAACGGUGUGGUUUGAUGUGGAGAAAUCUAAACUUCGUGUCAAGGCCCCCAUUGACAAGCCAAUCGUGUGGGUGCUCGGAGGACCGGGCUCCGGCAAAGGCACGCAAUGCGACAAGAUCAUCGCCAAAUAUGGCUUCACCCAUCUGUCAUCUGGCGACCUCUUGCGGGCGGAGGUGAAGAGUGGAUCGGAGAGAGGGAAGAGCCUUACAGCUAUUAUGGAGCGAGGUGAACUGGUCCCCAACGAGCUGGUUAUGGAGCUUCUGAAGGACGCCAUCGAGGCCAAACUCGCUGAGUCUAAAGGCUUCCUCAUCGACGGCUACCCGCGUGAGAAGAGCCAAGGCGAAGCCUUCGAGAAGACCAUCGCUCCUUGCACUGUUAUCAUUUACUUCGAGGCAACCGCCGAAACCCUGACCAAGCGUCUCCUAGGCCGCGCCGCCAGCUCUGGCCGUGCUGAUGACAACGAAGAGACAAUCAAGCUGAGGCUGAAGACUUUCGUGGACAACAACGAACUAGUCCUCGCGCAGUACCCUGACAAAUUGAAGAGGAUAGACGCCGAGAGGAGUGUAGAUGACGUCUUCGCAGAGGUGGUCAGCAUCCUCGACUCCAUCGUGAAGGCCUAACGCCCCCGCCCGCUUUGUACAUACGCCCUUAUUUAUAAACAUUUGUUGAGCAAUAAAUAUGUUUUAAUUUUGUUA